AUGCCGGGACCUGGGAACCCCUUUUCCUCGUCUCUUGAGGUGUCCACUGGGACCACCAUCAUUGCUAUUGAAUUCAAUGGAGGAAUCGUCAUUGGAUCCGACUCAAGAGUAUCUGCUGGGGAUGCUGUAGUAAAUCGAAUCUUUAAUAAGCUGGCUCCUCUCUCUGAUAAAAUCUACUGUGCCCUCUCUGGUUCUGCAGCUGACUGUCAAGCUGUAGCUGAUAUGGUGACUUACUACUUGGAAGUGCAUAGUAUGGAACUGGACAGCGCACCCUUAGUGCUAGCCGCUGCAAACCUGGUGAAGGGGGUCAGCUACAAGUAUAAGGAGGAAAUAAGUGCGCAUCUUAUUGUGGCUGGCUGGGACAAGAAACAUGGCGGACAGGUGUAUGGGACGUUGGGUGGGAUGAUAACCCGGCAACCUUUUGCCAUCGGAGGAUCUGGCAGUUCCUAUAUAUACGGUUAUGUGGACUCUGUUUUCAAGCCUGGAAUGACCAAAGAAGAGUGUGAGAGGUUCACUGUUCAUGCUCUGUCGCUGGCGAUGAGCCGAGAUGGAUCCAGCGGAGGGAUCAUCCAUCUAGUGACUGUAACAAAGGAUGGAAUGAAGCAGAUUGUGAUAACCGGAGAUGACAUUCCUAAAUUCUAUGACCUGUAG